UUUUUUUUUUUUCGUCAACAAUAACAAUUACCAAUAUGCGUCAAAACUUUGUAGGAAUGGUAGUUAGCAAUGCUAUGCAAAAGACUGUCAAGGUCAAAGUUAUUCGACAAAAGUUACAUCCUGUUGUGUUAAAGACCAUGAAAACACACAAAAACUAUCUCGCUCAUGACGAAAAUCAACUAUGUGGAUUAGGUGAUGUUGUUCGUAUCGAAGCCUGUCGACCAUUAAGCAAGCACAAGAAAUUCACUGUGGCCGAAAUCGUUCGAAGCAGCAAAGCCUAGAUAUUAUAUAGAGGACUUAACUAGAUAGAAAAUUCAAACAAACAAAAAAUAGCUUUAUGUACAUAUAUCAUUUUUUUUAUUAUUAUUAUUAUCAUUAUCAUUAUUAUUAUGAAUGCCAUUUUUGUUUUAUUAUUACUGUUACAACAUCAUAUAUUGAAUAAAC